CCACUCACGCGCCGACACAAAACGCGUACAGCGCUUUCGAGGAGCGUCGGUGAAAUGUUGGUGAAACUGCGGCUUACCCACUUCCUUUCUUCACAGCUUCACGUCGGAGAGGAGCGCAGGGAAGCCUCUGCGAUGCGCUCAACCGGGGACGAGUCGGAGUUGAAAUAAGGGAAACACGGAGGGGAAGAGAAAAAAAAAAAAAGAAGAGGGGGGGAGAUUUUCUUACGAGGAUGACUGACUGGUGGUGACAAAGAAAAAAACGGGGAGCCCCCUCUCUGGCUUCGGUUGUCAUCCGCUAGAACUUGACGGAAGGCGUUCUGGAGGAGACCGGCUUGCUCUUACUUGGACAGCCAAAGAUUUUUUUUAUCAUCAUUAUUUUUGGAGGGGGGAACCAUGCCUGUCCGGAGGGGUCAUGUUGCGCCACAAAACACAUUUUUGGGAGUAAUUAUUCGGAAAUUCGAUGGACAAAAUAAGAAAUUCAUCAUAGCCAAUGCCCGCGUGCAGAACUGCGCUAUUAUCUACUGUAAUGACGGCUUCUGUGAGAUGACGGGCUUCUCCAGGCCGGACGUCAUGCAGAAGCCGUGCACUUGUGACUUCCUGCACGGCGAGUUCACCAACCGGCAUGCGGUGGCCCAAGUGGCCCAGGCACUGCUGGGCUCGGAGGAGCGCAAAGUGGAGAUCACCUACCACCGCAAGGACGGGUCAGACUUCCUGUGUGUCACCCACAUCAUCCCGGUGAAGAACGAGGAGGGCGUGGUCAUGAUGUUCAUCCUUAAUUUCGAUUACAUCCUGGACGAAGGCAGCAGCAACUCACUGGAGAGACUCAACCACACCUUGCUGUCCAAAGCUGACCCACGGAAAGGGAGAUUCUUUCGCUUCCGUUUCCCGGCCUUACCUCUCUUGGGCAUAAGCAAGCAGUCUCUGCCCCAGGAAGACCCCGACGCGGUCAUGGUGGACUCGCCGCGACACAGCGAUGGCUCGGUGGCCACCCGCGACUACCAACUUCCCACCACCCGCGAGAGCUGCAGCCCCUCCUACGCCAACGACACCCGCGCCCUCAUCGCCCCCAGCCAUUGCUCCACCCCAGUGUCCGGGCCUUUGGACCACUCGUCGCCCAAGGGUCCCUGGGACCGGACAUACCCAGACCAGGCUGUCGCGCAGACCCAUCACCAGAGCCAGGAGGACACACUCAUCGCAACUCCAUCAAUCCCGGGCCUCACUCCAACCGCCUCCAGAGAGAGUGUGUGCAGUAUCCGCAGAGCCUCCUCCGUACAUGACAUCGAAGGCUUCGGGUCCAACUCCAAGAUGCCGUUCAGGGACAGACAUGCCAGUGAAGACAAUGGUCGCAAUAUUAAAGUAUCUCGCUCCUGGAUGGCUGGGGGGCCACUCAGCCAGAUCAGAUCCAGCCUGCUGGGCUCCACCUCCGACUCCAACCUCAACAAGUACAGCACCAUCAACAAGAUCCCCCUCAUCACGCUCAACUUCUCGGAGGCCAACAACGAGAAGAAGUGCCCAUCCCCUCCGUCCUCUGAGAAAACCAUCAUCGCCCCGAAGGUCAAAGACCGCACACACAAUGUUACAGACAAGGUGACGCAGGUUCUCUCUCUGGGUGCAGACGUGCUGCCUGAGUAUAAGCUCCAAACACCACGCAUGGACAAGUGGACCAUCCUUCACUACAGUCCCUUCAAAGCGGUGUGGGACUGGCUGAUCCUGCUGCUGGUCAUCUACACGGCCAUUUUCACCCCCUACUCUGCUGCCUUCCUCCUCAACGACAUCGAGGAGCAGAGGAGACGGGAGUGUGGCUACUCCUGCUCGCCCCUCAACGUGGUGGAUCUGAUCGUGGACAUUAUGUUCAUUGUGGACAUCCUCAUAAACUUCCGGACCACGUACGUCAACAUCAACGAGGAGGUGGUCAGCCACCCGGCCAAGAUCGCCAUCCACUACUUUAAAGGCUGGUUCCUCAUAGACAUGGUGGCCGCCAUCCCAUUCGACCUGCUCAUCUUUGGCUCAGGAUCAGAUGAGACCACCACUCUGAUCGGCCUGCUAAAGACAGCCCGUCUCCUACGGCUGGUACGAGUUGCCCGUAAGCUGGACCGCUACUCCGAGUAUGGUGCUGCCGUCCUCAUGCUGCUCAUGUGCAUCUUUGCCCUCAUCGCCCAUUGGCUAGCCUGCAUCUGGUACGCCAUUGGCAACGUGGAGAAGCCUUACCUGGAACAUAAGAUUGGCUGGCUGGACAACCUGGGCGUGUCGAUAGGAAAAAAAUACAACUACAGCGACCCCAGCUCAGGCCCCUCCAUCAAAGAUAAGUACGUCACGGCGCUCUACUUCACCUUCAGCAGUCUGACCAGCGUGGGCUUUGGGAAUGUCUCCCCCAACACCAACUCUGAGAAGAUCUUCUCCAUCUGCGUCAUGCUCAUUGGAUCUCUAAUGUAUGCCAGCAUCUUUGGGAAUGUGUCCGCCAUCAUCCAGAGGUUGUAUUCAGGUACGGCCAGGUAUCACCUCCAGAUGCUACGGGUCAAAGAAUUCAUCCGCUUCCACCAGAUCCCAAACCCACUGAGGCAGAGGCUGGAGGAGUACUUCCAACACGCCUGGACGUACACCAACGGCAUCGACAUGAACAUGGUCCUGAAGGGUUUCCCAGAGUGCCUGCAGGCGGAUAUCUGCCUCCACCUCAACAAGAACCUCCUCCAGGGCUGUAAGGCGUUUCGCGGAGCCACUAAGGGCUGCCUCCGAGCUCUGGCCAUGAGGUUCAAGACCACCCACGCACCCCCUGGAGACACCUUAGUCCACUGCGGAGACGUGCUCACUGCGCUCUACUUUGUCUCCCGCGGCUCCAUUGAAAUCCUCAAGGAAGAUGUUGUUGUGGCGAUCCUGGGUAAGAACGACAUUUUUGGCGAGAUGAUCCACCUGUUCACCAAGCCGGGGAAAUCCUGCGCAGACGUGCGGGCGCUGAGCUACUGCGACCUCCACACCAUUCAGAGGGAGGAGAUUCUGGAGGUGCUGGACAUGUAUCCAGAGUUCGCCGACCACUUCCUCAAGAACCUGGAGCUGACCUUUAACCUCCGUGAUGAAAGCUCCAAGACGAGCAAUGAUUCCAACAAUGAUGACGAGUGUCCAAGACGAGUGUCCUACAAAAGGAAAGCCUCCACAGGCUCCCACAACAAGGAGCCGGUGACCACCUACUGCGACACCAAAAUCUACACCGAGGAGAGGAGGGAGUCCACUGAGGAGAGAGAAGACGACGACGACGAGGAGGAGGAAGAAGGCAGGGAGGAGGAGGAGGAGCAGAGGCCCUUGUGUUCUGGUGCGCUGGGCUACCCCGUAGUCAGGGACCACACCCUGGGCCUCGGGCUGAGCGGAGCUCCAGACGUACAGCCUGGAGACAGCACACGGAGCCAGGCUUAUAAAGAGCUCCACGCAGAGGAGUGGGUGCGUCAGCGUACCGACGACGUCGCGCAGGACUCGGCCCAGUGUCAGGAGACGCCGGGCGGGGAGGACGACAGCGACACGGACCUCACCUACGGAGAGGUGGAGCAACGGCUGGACCUGCUGCAGCAGCACCUCAACAGACUGGAGUCCCAGAUGACCUCAGACAUCCAGGCCAUCCUGCAGCUCCUCCAGAGGCAAACCACCAUCGGUCCCCCCGCCUACAGCACCGUCACCUCCAACCCAGAGUACCAGAGGCCAGCCAUCAGGGUCCAACCGGUGUCUGCCAUCCAAACAGAUCUCAGCCUCGCUCAGGCUCCGCCUCUGCCACAGAGCCCUGGCCCAGAAAAGGCCCAGAACAAAUCCAAAGAAACCUCCCCGGUCCUCCUGCACACAGAGACUCUUCCAGACGGGACGUUUGCUGGACUGCUGGAGAGCGACACGGACACAGAGCAGAGACACACACAAAACAGCGCGGACUCUCUAGAGCGACACCACCAACAGCCACCGAGGUUCCCCUCAGGCCGACAAGCCUCCCUACCUGAUGUCCCCAGCAGCUCAGGAAUGUUGGGACUCCACAGGCCAGUUUCUGACCCGGGGCUUCCAGGAAAGUAGGCCUCCCUCUGCACGCCGUGACAUGACGGACGGUCUUCUCUCAAGCUUGACUCAGGGUCUAAGAAAGAGACUGAAUAUGCAAAGGAAAACAAACUGUAGACUUUCUUCCAUUCCUUUUGGGAAAAUCUCCCCCACCCUUCCACCUAUCUGAUUUCGAUGUAUAAAGUCCAUUUAUACAGAGGUAUUUAUACACUAUAUUAUUAACAUGUAAAGUCAUCAUCUACCGUGUACAUACUUCAAAUAGAACACUGCCAGCAACACGAGGCACCUAAUGUGCUUUUUCUAAAAGAGAUAUGCAUGUUUUUGUUUCUCAUGGGUUUUUUUUUUUGGUUUUUUUUUGGUUUUCUGGUGCAUGUUCCUCACACCCUGCAACUCACCAGGCAAUCAGGUGUGACCUUGGCAUGCUUACAGACUACUGUAGCUCUCUCAAGUCUCAUUUUCUAUGACUCUUCCCUCUUCCGCAGGGGACAAAAGCUACUUGAAAACUCCCUCCGAGGCAUUUCUAUAUUCCACUCCGCAGCUUUUGAAGCUCAUCUUUUAUCAGCAGCUCCGAAAACGAUAACGACAAUAAACUGACAAAGGAGGUCUGUCUGUAUAUUUAGCGUGCCUACUGUACACAACGUCGAUGAUAACACGUCUUAUUCAGCGCAUAAUCCAGAACACAAUGUAACAAUAACGCGUGAGGCAGCGUGGACAUCCCAUAGCACAACAAGACUAUUGUCAGUCUUUGAGAGCAAUAAUGAUGAAACGAACAGACUCUUGUAUAUUUCUAGAGUUUAUUACGCUCUGGAGAUAAUUUUGUACAACCGAGCAAAGGGGAAAAAAAAAAAAAAAACACAACAGCAUUUUAUGUUGUGAAGUCGUUUAAGACGUACGUGGAUUUAACAGCUCAACCUUCACGCAGGGCGUUUCAGCGGAAAAACUGUAAAUGUUCAAGACAACACGAUUAAUGCUUCAACUCGUGGAUUUAGUAGAUUUGAAAACAUAGAUACCAUAUAACCACCUGCAUCAUAUCAAUAUUACACAAGCAUGGCCGUGGGGUAUUUGCAGUCACAGUCAAUAUGUAGAGGAGUUUCCAUGACGAGGCAGUGAGAGGAUUUUAAUGAUUUCUUCUGUUCGGUGACAGAAAUACUGGGAGAUGUAGUUCUUUUUUUUUGUGGCCCUUGUCACUUGAAUCACUCUUCUGGGCCGACUCAGCAGAGUUUAACCUAAUUUGUUGUUUUGCUGCUUAGAGUUUCGGGGUAGUCUACAUUUUUUAUUUUCAGUGGCAAGACUUCCUCAGCUUGAUUUAGCUAUACCAAACUAUCUCAUGUGUUUAGGUUCCCUACCUCUGAGGUAAUCCUACUCUAUUAUUCUCAGCACAUACUUGUCAUGGCGGUCAAAUAACUCCAUAUUUGUUUCCUCCGACCACAAACCUCUCCUGCAGAAGGCUAAACAAACAGUCCAUGUAAGUUUCAUGAUUUGGAAACACAGGCCUCUCACUCGCUCGACUGAGGACAGCGAUUGUUCCAGCAUGGCCGACAUGUUUUUUGGUGACAUCCAACCAUGCAGACCAGUAGUCUCUCAGCAGAGGGUGAAGGUUUGAGGUUUUCUUCCAGACCCUGCUGAGCCCAGUGCUUGUAAUUGUUUGCACUGGUGCUCUUGACAUUUUCUAUGGCGCCAAUGAUAAACCUUGUGGAAGUCCAUUUAAAAAAAGUUGAAGGAAUUAUUAAAAACCCCAAACUGCCUUUACAUGCCGCCCUAUAUGAGUAUAUGUAAACUUUUGACUGCAACUGUAAGACUGUCAGACAGGAAGCAACAUCCUGAAUCAUCUUUACAGCUGGAGGGAACUCUGACUAUCACACACGAUAGUUUUUGGUUGCAUGCUUUAGGUCUUCCAUUAUCUUCUUAAAGUACGAUUACGUAAAUAAAAUAAAAAAAGAUCACUCACAAAGCAUCAUCAGAAAAAACAAAAUCUAAAAAAAAAAAAUUAAAAAAAAAUUUGGGCCGAGGACAGAGCUCAGCCUUGGAUAGCCUUAGCUUUAUAAGCCUGCUCUAGCCUUUACAAACCACAUCGAUCCGAUGCAACAGAAACGCUUCUCCUCCACCGCCACAGAUGUAAAUGUACUGAAACGUUUUUAGGCUGAACUGCAUGACAAAAGAAAUAAAAAAUGAAUUAGUCAUUUUAGAUUCCUCACGACACAAACACCCACACGAGCUCAUGUAUUGCAUGGAGACUGCACUCGACUAAAUUAUAAAAAAGGUCUCAAUCAACCGUGUGUGACGUAUUGAUUUAAAGCUCCAGCACAUAACUCACCCAGAGAGAUUUAGAACGAACGACUAGACCUAUUUUUCUAAAACCAAAAUCUUUAAUUUGCCAUUAUUUUUCUAUGUACUUUGUUUUUCAAACCCCUGAUGGUAGUUUUUAGAAUGGUGUGGACUGCUGAUGGGAUGAUGAUGAAUGCAAUGCAUAGCCUCUCAAUGUAGCAAGCAAGAUGUCAGUGACAGGCAACACUUAAAGCUCCGUGCUGCAUUUACUGUCCGCUGUCGUUGGUUUGUCUUUGAUAUUGCACAUCGAUUUUCAUAUCAGUUCUACGUCGACGUUUCCCUCUGAACUCGCUCAAAACCUAAAGAGAUUCAUUCUGUUCCGACUCACCCGGUGGAAAGAUUUGUAAGCGAGAGAGAAGUGACGACAUCUUCAAGAAGAGCUGAGAAGGGGAUGCAUCGGCUGACGGACUUUACUUUCCAGAUGUUUCCAGCAGAACGCGGGGUGUUGUUUCUUUGAUUCUUUCUCGAGCACAGAUGUAGAACAAAAGUUGCUAAAGCCUUUUAACUCGACAUGUCCAAACGCCUGAAGGGUCGUCUGCUGAACGUUCAUGGGAUUUGCAAACUUUUGCACAGAGAUUAGAAAAAAAAAAAACAUUAAAAAAAAAAAACUUGCUGUACUGGAUAUAAAUGUCACUUUUUAAAUCUAGUGCUGUUCACAAUUGUUUUUAUGCAUUUUUUAAAUGUUUGCCACUGUAUUUUAUACAAUGCAACACUUAACAGCUAAUUUGAAUGUUUCCGUUCUUAACUUAUAUUUAAAGAAAUGAAAUAUAUUGUGUAAAUAGUCUGGGGGAAAAAUGCGCAAUUGUAUAAAUGAAUAAACAGAAUGCAUACUGAUUAAAAAGUGUUUAUUGUGAGUAACAAAAUAUGAUUUUCACGACAUUGGAAAAGUUACAUGUGUGGGG